UAAGUAAACACAGGUAUAAUAUCAGAAUGGCAACGUUAGAUGAAGAGAGGUAUUUGAGACAUAUAUGGUUGCUUGGCGAGGGAGGUUUGUUUGUAUUAAGAGGCUUGAUAUCGAGAGAAGUGACAAAUAGUGGCAGUACGCUAGACAAUCUUCUGCAGAAUGGGCGAGCUUUAUUUCGGAGUAUUCUAAGAGAACAAAAUCAACAUCUUUUUCCGUCUUCUACGACAGUUAAUGCAGAUAUAUACACUUGGGAUAUGUCGCUACUUUUGUGUGUGUUGAAAAGAAUGUUUUGGUCGAGCCUAUCUCUUGCAGAAAAAGCAUCUAUACGUACACUGAAGACCUUUCGAGAUGAUUUCCAAGGACAUCCAACCAUAAUGACUAUGAGUGAAUCAGACUAUUCUAUCAAUCGGCAACUACUAGAACAAUCUUUACGACAUAUUUCGUCGAAAAUCAAUGCAAACGUAGAAAUAGAAGUUAUCAUAAACAGAACAGCAUCCGGUAAUAUUGAUGUACAGUCAGCUUUUAAACACAUCAAAGAGAUACAUGAUUUUAAAACAAGUUUCCUGUGUGCCCUAGAAGACAAGUUCCAACAAAUAACUCCGAAACUAUCUUCCAUAGACACAACUACUACUGCCAUUCAAGAAAAACAAGAACGGAUUAUCCGGUCACUGACAGAACUAAAAAACUUGAACGUUCAAAAAACGAAACACGAGUUUAAACGAGAGCUAAUCACGAUUCUACAUACUGGCUGCGACAAUGAGGAAAAUAAGAAGAAAGCAACUGACGUACUAUUUGACUUUGUCAAAAUAAUACAAAGUAAAAGCACAUUUAGUGAUGAAGAGGUCAAGGAUAUUAUAAGAACAAGAAUUGAAUGGUAUGGUAAUGUGUCCUUAGAUUUAAUGGAUGAUGUAACAAAAUGGUUUGGUGAUAUAAAUGGACUUUCUGACACAAUUCCUGGCUAUCCGUAUUUAGGAAGUAUACGUGUACCAAUUUACUGUACCUCAGUAACAGGCAUACUACAAUUUUUGAACUAUUUGAAUGGAAAUCAAUGCAGACAUCGAUUAUCCAGCAUUUCGUCUAGUAUCAGCACAAUGCUUGGUUUCACAUGCUCAUUUACAUGGACUAUAAAUCCCGUGGAUCUACAGAAUGUCUUCCCUUCAUUUUGUUUAAAAUGCCGUUAUUCUGACAAAGAGAAAACACAACCAACAGACAAAAAGGCAGGGCUGCAAUCUAGCUUUCAUGGAAUACAAGAAGAUCCAUAUAAAGAAGAAACAGAAAUGCAGUUUGCUGAAGUUGUUCAACUGCCAAAAACGACCAUAUACGAAACACUGAUGUCUGCCGAGACACAUUCAAUAUUAUGUGAUGAAAAAGAUCACAGGCGCUCAGAUGUUAUUGGUAUCGAUGUCUUACCGAACGGCUAUAUACUUAUUGUAUGUUUCUUUGACAAAAAAAUAUUGAAGUUGAAUAAAAAUUUUGAGGUUAUAGCCGACUGCAUUCUACCUGGUCACCCUAAUGAUGUGUGUUAUAUAGGUAACGGUAAAGCAGCUCUUUGUCUAGAUUACGAUGAUAUUGUGAUUGUAGAUAUAUCGAAUUAUCUUGUUGUUGGUGGGCUUUUGAAAAUUCAAAAAUCUUGUUCUUGUAUAGCAUGCUAUGACAAUUUAUUAUACAUAGGUGACCGCAAAGGUUGCGUGUUUACAUAUUCCUUAGACACUUAUUGUUUAGUACGCUGCUUACACAAGUGGAACAAUUUUAUGCAUUCUCCGCGAGGAAAUAUUGCCAUUAGCAAAGAUGGACAGAAUAUUUUCAUCAAAUAUGGUCAAGGUCUUCGGAAAUUAGAUAUCCAUGGAAACAUUAUAUCAGCCUUUCAAAUAGGGGAAAAUAAAAGUCCUAGUCCAUUUUGUGUUAUUUAUGAUGGGACGAUCCUUUCGUGUGACUUUUACACUUGCAACUUAAGACAGAUUGAACAUUACGACGGACUAGAAGUGAGACAAAAACAGAUCUUUGAGGAGCCAAAACUAAUAUCAUCAAUGUGUUAUGAUAAAAAACAUUCACGUUUGCUCAUUGCAGACUGUUUAAUGUGUGUACAUGAAUUCAAAUUAGAUAUUUAGACAACACUAUUUGUUUGUAUUUGUAAUAAUAAACGAAAGGCAUGAA